AGUUGCCCUUUAAAGCGCUAAAGACAUAGAGUGAGUAUAGAUACAGACGGGAAAUAUACGUAACAUAAGUAGCCGUUAGGCAUAAAUAAGAUAUACUACAGAAAAACGCUUCGGAAUAGGCGACUGUAGAUAAAGUGAAAAGUAUGCUUUUCUGAUUGGUCCCCUGCCUAUCACAUGGUGGGAGAGGCCAGAAGUACCGCUGCAGAGUAAGAUCACGGCUAGAGCUUAGGAUGGUGGUAAAAGUGUAUUUCACAUCGGUAACCGGAUCCCGAGAGAUAAAGUCUAAACAAAAUGAGAUUAUGCUUAUCCUGGAUAGUAAAUGCAUUAAAUAUGAGAGAGUGGAUAUUUCUGUGGAUAACAAUAUCAGAACAGAAAUGAGGGAGAAGUGUGGGAACCCCACUGCAAUUCCACCUCAGAUCUUCAACGAUGACCAGUUUUGUGGGGUAAGUGUGUCCCCAUUUUGUACCCCAUAAGCUAAUGUUACAUCAGGUAUAUUUUCCAUCCUCAAAUGCCUGAAAUCAACCCAUUACCGUAUAUACCCGAGUAUAAGCCGAGUUUUUCAGCAUCCAAAAUGUGCUGAAAAAGUCUACCU